AUUGGUGGCACCGUCCCGUUUUCACUAUAUGGGAAUUAGUGCUACGAGUGCUUCGUAGGUAAAAGCAAAAACUUGAAGGGCACUAUUGAAAUAUUUUCUGGAAGCUCAUUCCUAAAGUAGCAAUCUUCGUCACACUUCACCACGAGUUAGAGCAUUCAGCAGUCGGACAAAUAGGUUCAAAUAUGGCCCUCGAAGAAGAAGACUUUUCUGCUAUAAGACAGUUACAAGAAUCACUGGACCACAAUCCCAGCGAUCCCUCCGUACAUUUUAAUUUGGGUGUGCUGCUAUGGGAAAAGGGGGGAAGAACGCAAGAAAUGAGGGAAAAAGCAGUGGAGCAUUUGAUGGUGGCAGCAAAGCUCAACCCUCAGAAUGCCGUUGCAUUCAGAUAUCUGGGUCAUUAUUAUGCACGCAUUGCCCCCGAGCCUCAGCGGGCUCUCAAGUGCUAUCAAAGAGCUGUCGUCAUCAAUCCUGAUGAUCUGGAAUCUGGGGAAGCACUUUGUGAUUUAUUGGAUGAGGGUGGGAAAGAGAGUUUGGUGGUUGCUAUCUGCCGUGAAGCUACAGAGAAGUCUGCCCGGGCUUUUUGGGCUUUUCGACGGUUGGGAUACCUUCAGGCUCAUCAAAAGAAAUGGUCUGAAGCUAUACAGAGCCUCCAACAUGCAAUUCGUGGCUUUCCUAUGUCUCCUGAUUUGUGGGAGACCUUAGGUCUUGCCUACCAACGGAUGGGCAUGUUUACUGCUGCACUUAAGUCCUAUGGAAGAGCUAUUGAGUUGGAUAAUUCAAGGGUUUUUGCGUUGAUUGAAAGUGGAAAUACGUGCUUGAUGCUUGGUUCUUUUAGAAAGGGAAUUGAGCACUUCCAACAAACAUUGGAAAUUUCACCUCACAAUGUUUCUGCACUUUAUGGGCUUGCUUCUGCACUUCUUGGUUUAGCAAAGGAGUGUGCCAAUCUGGGUGCCUUUAGGUGGGGAGCCUCCCUCUUAGAGGAAGCAUGUGAUGUAGCCGUGCGUGGUACAUCUUUAGCUGGUAACUUUUCAUGUUCAUGGAAGCUACAUGGAGAUAUUCAGCUUAUGUAUGCCAGAUGUUACCCAUGGGCGGAGGAAGCCAGGCCCAGGCAUUCUGACGAGAUAUCUUUCAAAUCUUCUAUCAAUACAUGGAAAAGAACCUGCCAUAUUGCUGCUAGAAUUGCUAGUCACUCCUAUCAGCGUGCUCUGCACUUGGCUCCUUGGUUGGCUACUUUGUAUGCUGAUGUUGCUGUAGCAUCAGAUCUCUGUUCGUCUUUUAAGGAGUCUCCAAAGACUGACCUGAAUGUUUGGUCUGUGGCUGAAAAGAUGUGCUUGGGUGCUUUACUACUUGAGAGCUACAACGACGAAUUUUGGGUAGCACUAGGAUGCUUGUCAUAUCACACUGCAUUAAAGCAACAUGCUUUAAUACGUGGAUUGCAAUUGGACGUAUCUCUAGCUGUUGCAUGGGCAUACCUGGGGAAGCUUUAUAGGCGGGAAGGCAAAAAGCAGUUGGCCCAGCAAGCAUUUGAUCGGGCUAGAAGUAUAGAUCCUUCACUUGCAUUACCAUGGGCAGGCAUGGCAGCUGAUGCAGGUGCUAGAAUGCUUGACCAGAAUGAAGCAUAUGAGUGCUGUUUACGGGCUACACAAAUAUUUCCGCUUGCAGAAUUCCAAGUUGGUCUUGCAAAGCUUGCGAUGCAUUCUAGUUAUUUGUCAUCAUCUGAGGUUUUUGGAGCCAUCCAACAGUCAUUGCAGCGUGUCCCACACUAUCCUGAUUCUCACAAUUUGAAUGGGCUAGUGUGUGAAUCAAGAGCUGAUUAUCAAGGUGCUAUUACUUCCUACAGGCUGGCAAGAUGUGCUCUAAAAUCAUUUGCGGGCGAAUCAUCAGAAUCCUAUCUAAGAGAUAUAUCCAUCAAUUUAGCCAGAUCGCUUUGCAUGGCUGGAAAUGCAAGUGAUGCAGUUGGAGAGUGUGAAUAUUUAGGGCAAAAAGGACAGCUUGAUUCUGAGGUUCUGCAGAUAUAUGCUCUAUGCUUAUGGCAACUUGGCAAGAAUGAUAUGGCUCUGUCCACAAUGAGAUCUCUUGCUUCGAGUAUUUUAUCCUUGGAAGAAAGUCUUGCUGCUGCUUCCAUUAGCUUCAUCUGUAGGUUGCUCUACCACAUUUCUGGGCAGGAAUCAGCAAUUACAAGCAUUUUGAAAAUGCCCAAGGAAUUUUUUCACAGUUCAAAAAUUAGUUUCGUCGUUACUGCUAUUCAUGUUCUGGACCCAAAAGAUCAGCUUGAGCCUGUUGUUUCUAGGAGUCGUUCCUUCAUUACAUGUCGUGAAGAUAUCAUCAGAAUGCAUAUUUUAAUUACAUUUGGUAAACUUCUCAAACAUGGAAGUGACAAUUCCCUUGGAAUUCAGAAGGGAGUAGAUCAUCUCAGAAAAGCUCUUCACAUGUACCCUAACAGUAGUGAGCUAAGAAAUCUUCUUAGUUAUCUCUUACUCUCAAGCAAAGAAUGGAGAGAUCUUUAUCUUGCAACUAGAUGCUCUUUCUUAGAUUUGUCUGACAAGCAAAAGUACAAAGGCAUAAAAUCUGCAUUUGAGAUCCUUGGCGCUGGAACUGUUGCUUGUUACGCCAUUGGAAGCCCGAAGGAGAAAUUUCCAUUCCCAACAUGUAGACAUCAACACCCUUCUGGCUUCGGAGCCAUUCAACUGCUGCAAAAGUUUUUGCAUCAAGAGCCUUGGAACUUCAAUGCGAGGUACUUGCUCACGUUAAACUGUUUACAGAAGGCGCGUCAGGAGAGAUUUGCUCCACAGGUUUGCCGUGUGCUAGAACGGUUAACAGCUGUUGCUCUGCAUAAUCAGCUUUAUUCAAGCAAAUAUGUUUCGUGCCAAUACCAAAGUUUUCAGCUUUUACUCUGUGCUGCCGAGGUUAAUCUUCAACAAGGAAAUAACAGUGAAUGCUUCAGAUAUGCGAGAAGUGCUUUAGGUUCUUCAGUUGAUAAUAGCUCUCUCUUUUUUGCACAUUUGCUACUCUGCCGUGCAUAUGCUGCUGAAGAUGAUAUCAUCAACAUAAGCAAAGAAUACAAACAAUGCUUGGAGCUUGGAACUGAUUUUCAUAUUGGCUGGAUUAGUCUGAAGUUUAUUGAAUCUAGAUAUAGGCUAGGAGAUGAUUCUACCAUGUUACCAUUAUGCUUUGAAGAAUGCUGCAAAGAUAUCAAGCUUUCAUGGAAUAUGUGGAUGGCUCUCUUUAACAUGGUGCAGGGUCUCAUUGCGAUUUGGUUUGGUGAUUUUGUUGCGGCAGAAGAGUCCUUCACACAAGCAAGCUCUUUAGCUGAUGGCGAGAGUUGUGUCUUACUUUGUCAUGGUGCCAUAUGUAUGGAGCUUGCCAGACAAAAGUGUGAGUCGCAAUAUAUAUCACGUGCCAUAAGAAGUCUCAUGAAAGCAAGAAAUGCUUCUCCUGAUCCCUUACCCAUCAUCUCACUUUUGCUGGCACAAGCAGAAGCUAGCCUUGGCUCCAAAGCAAUGUGGGAGGUCAACCUCCAGAACGAAUGGUUUUCUUGGCCUCCAGUCUUAUUUCAGAUGCAUUUGCUUUCUAGACAGCAUAAGGACGAUACUAUGUCAUCUCCCAGCCUAGGUUAUGCUGAUAGUCCACUCAGUUGGAUUUUACGAGCAAUCCACACAAAUCCCUCAUGUUCAAGAUAUUGGAAGUUUUUACUGAAGGACAUGUGAUGUAACUGUCGUGUAACGAAGGGUUUGGAGGGAAUGACUGAUCAUGCUCGCUAAUUCUCUCCUUAUACCCUAUUCUGACAAGUUCAGGCAUGAUGGAAGAUAAUAGAUGAGUGUAUGGUUCGUAUGGUUGGUAUGGUUCAGUGUCUUGUCAUCUUUUAGGUGCGUAUGGUUCAGUGUAGGAGGUUUUGAUGCAACAUGGAGAAAGUUCAUUGUUUGACUGAUCUUUUAUGCUUGUUACGCCAAGCAUGAGUGAUUCUCCAACUGGGCGGUUUCCUACUAGCUCGUGCCUUGACGCUUGAGUCUAAGUUUAGUUUAUACGCAGGUUUUUCCUGCAAGUGAUGCUUUCUAUUGCAUUCUGUAUAAUGAUUACCUGUAGUG